AUGGCGCCGCCUCCCAAGCAAAAAGCCUCAAAGGGCCGCGGCGCCCCCAAAAGCAGCUCUACAAUCACCGACCCACGCUUCUCAAACAUCCACACCGACCCCCGCUACCGCCUCCCCUCCAAACGCCACACCCAUGUCAAGCUCGACCAGCGCUUCGCGCACAUGCUGCGCGAUGACGACUUCUCCCAGAAAGCCAGCGUCGACCGGUACGGCAGAAGGAUCGAGAAGGGCGCAGGUAGGAGAGACCUGGAGCGGUUUUAUCGGGUUGAAGCCGACGAAGACGAGAACGAGGAUGAGAACGAUGAGGAAGAGACGAAGGGAACAGAGGACGGGGAGAACGAUGAUGACGAUAGGAUCCGCAAAGAGCUCCGACGCGCAGACCGGUCCUACGACCCCGCGCGCGAGGGCGGCUUUUCCUCUUCCUCCGACGACUCGAGUAGCGAGGAUUCCCCAGACGAAGAAGAUGAAGAAGACGUCGAUGUGGAGGACGAAGCCGAGCUUGCGGAAGGCACGGCGGCGGAUGUGCCGAUGGGCGAACCUUCCUCGCGCCUUGCGGUUGUAAAUCUUGACUGGGACAAUAUUGACGCUGUGGAUAUCAUGGCUGUCGCGUCAAGCUUUGCGCCAGCUGGCGGGCGGAUUCUGGGCGUUGAGGUGUAUCCGAGUGAGUUUGGAAGGGAGAGGAUAGAGCGGGAGCAGUUGGAGGGGCCACCGAGGGAGAUAUUUGCGGCGGCUACCAAGAGGGGAUCUAGGCAUGAUGAUGAAGACGGUGAGGAGGAGGACGAGUCGGAGGAUGAGCGCAUCAAGAAGGACUUGCUGGCGGAAGACACGGGCGAGGAAUUCAAUGCGCCUGCACUUCGCGCGUACCAGCUUGAGCGAUUAAGAUACUACUAUGCCGUGUUGACGUGCUCCUCUGCGACGACCGCGAGAGCGCUAUAUGAUGCUAUGGACGGCCGGGAAUACCUAUCCUCAGCGAACUUCUUUGACUUGCGCUUCAUACCUGAUGGCGUCUCUUUCGAGGACGACAAACCGAGGGAUCGUUGCGACAGAGUCCCAGACGGUUAUAGGCCGAAGGAAUUUGUAACAGACGCACUCACGCACAGCAAGGUGAAGCUGACGUGGGACGCGGAUGACAACAACAGGAAGGAAGUGCAGAAGAGGGCGUUCUCCAGAGCCGAGAUCGAUGAGAACGAUCUCAAAGCGUACGUCGGGAGCGACAGCUCGGACGAGGAAGACAUGAACGACGAUGAGGAAGACGAGAACGCAGCUGCCGUCCCCUCCGCAGCACCAAAAGGCAAGAAAGACAAAGCGGCCGCUCUACGCGCCUUACUCGGCCUCUCAGGCACCGAGCCGAAAAAGACCAAGAAGACAAAGGAGAGCGCACCCGUAGGCGACAUGCAGAUAACAUUCUCAUCCGGCCUCUCCACCAACGCCCAGAAAGCCUCUGUCUUCGAGAACGAGCCCAUUAGAGAUGAAACCACCGUCGAGGCCUACAUCCGCAAAGAGAAAGAACGGAAAGCACGGCGGAAAGAGCGCGCGAAAGCUGGCAAAGACGGUGAUGUAAGGGACGGCCCAGCUGCUUCGAACGCAGAAGGCAAGGUUGCGCAGGACGAUGACAACGCAGACCCGUUCGCGGACCCCUUCUUCGACGACCCGGCCGAGACAUCCCGCAAAGCGGCCAGAGACGCGCGAAAAGCGGACAAGGCCCGCAAGCGCGAGCAGCGGGACGCAGAGGCCGCCGCGUCGGUCAAGCAGCGUGCGGAUCUCGAGCUUCUUCUUGCAGACGACGAGAGAAUGCGGCAUUUCGACAUGAACGAGAUCGCGAAGGCGGAGAAGGAGAAGAAGAAGCGCAGGGGCAAGAAGGGAAAGAAAACGAAAGCUGGCUCUGAUGCCGUUGGCGGUGAUGCUGAGACGCAAGACGGAGCCGGGACUGAAGGCUUCAGGCUGAACACACAGGAUCCGCGCUUUGCGAGGUUGUUUGAGAGUCACGAGUUUGCGAUCGAUCCGACAAACCCGAAGUUCAAGCAGACGGAGGGCAUGAAAGCUUUGCUUGAGGAGGGGAGGAAGAAGAGGAAGGGCGCGAGGAACGAGGGUGUAGAUGCCGAGGAUAGGGCUAGCAAGAAAGUCAAGAAUGGUAAGAUGGAUGGGGUGGAUCGAGCCGAGGGCGACGAUCUGAAGAGGUUAGUGGACAAAGUGAAGGGUAAGUCGAAGAGAGCUUGA